GCAUGGUUUUCCUAAAACAAUCCUAUUAUUUUCAAAAAUCGAUGACCGGAUGUGUUUAUUUUACAUAGGUAGCUUGACAACCUCGCAUGACAGCUCGUACCUCCGUCACACAGAGUUGCUGCAAAUUGUGUUCCCGAGCAGCAGCUGUGCAGUUGGUUAGACGGACUGAAAAUGUUGUCCUACAUCAUUGGUCUGAUCCGGAGCGGCUUUGACAGCGUCAUCAACCUCAUCUUCAGACUCUUCUUCUCCAAGAGGAAACCUGCCAUCACCUUACAGGACCCAAACAUUAAGUAUGCACUGCGGCUGAUAGACAAACAGAUUGUCAGCCAUGACACCAGGAGGUUCCGCUUCGCACUACCUUCCCCGGAUCACGUCCUCGGCCUCCCUGUCGGGCAGCAUAUCUACCUGUCUGCAAAAGUCAAUGGGACCCUGGUCGUCCGUCCCUACACACCAGUGUCCUGUGAUGAUGACAAAGGCUUUGUGGAUUUGGUGGUGAAGAUUUACUUUAAAGGUGUAAAUCCUAAAUUCCCUGAGGGGGGGAAGAUGAGUCAGUACUUGGAGAGCCUCAGGAUCAAUGACACUAUCGACUUCAGAGGACCCAGUGGGCUUCUUGUUUACAAGGGCAAAGGUGUUUUUGCCAUUCAGCCAGAUAAAAAGUCUCCAGCUGUGAACAAGUCAGCCAAACACGUGGGCAUGAUCGCUGGAGGGACGGGAAUCACUCCCAUGUUGCAGCUGAUCACAGCGAUAAUGAAGGACCCACAUGACCGGACAGUGUGUCACCUGCUGUUUGCCAACCAGACUGAGAAAGACAUCCUGCUGCGUCCAGAGCUGGAGGAGAUCCAGGUGAACAACCCGGACCGCUUCAAGUUGUGGUUCACCCUGGACAGAGCACCUGAGGACUGGGAGUACAGCCAAGGUUUCAUCAGCGAGGAUAUGGUGAGGGAACACCUGCCGCCUCCCAGCGACAACACCCUCAUCCUGAUGUGUGGACCACCACCGAUGAUCCAGUUCGCAUGCAACCCCAACCUGGACAAGGUCGGCCACUCCAACAGCAACAGGUUCACCUUCUAGGGAAUCCAGGUUUGGAGACCUCGGGGCACCUAAUCAUUAUCUCUACCCUGAAAGCAUUAAAGCCCUUGUAUAGUUGCAGUGGGUAUUGCACUAUGUUUGCUACAGUAUAUUUAUGCCACAGCACAGACCAGUUCAUGGAAGGGGAGGGAUGAAGAUGGUGAAUGUUUGAUUGAACAGGAUGUUUUUGAUGGGACAGAGGGCUAGGUGUUUUCACACUGGUGGAUAUGAUUUCAGGUCUGAUGCAGACAAACCUACAGUCCUGCUGUGACCUCACUUUGGUUACAGUAACACAUCUUACUGGCUGUUUUGAGUGCCUUAACACUUGCUAGCUUUUUUUAUGUACAGUUCAGAAUUGUGACUGUGUGCGUUUCCAUUAUGGGUGUGGAGGCUGUGCUGCAGACUUAUCGCUGUCAUGCUAAAAGAUAUGUUGUGGAUUUGUUGAACAUAUGUGAUUUGUCGGCAGCUUUGGCUAGUUGUUAAGAUAUGCAGCCGCUAUUGACUUUGGUGCUUUUGUAUUGUAACAGGACUCAAAUGUACAAAUGCUACUAAAGAAGACAAGGAAAAUGCUUUUUCUCAUUUUUAUUACUCGAGAUUUAAAAAAAA